GGUUGGACGCGGGUCGUGGCGCGGCGGGGAGGAGAACCAGAACCCCACGAAACAUGUGGCCCUGGGCCCCUGGGCCCCUCCACAUCCUGUUCGCGCCCCGCCCCCGGGGAUCGCGAGGCCGUUCGCGGCGCACGCGCAGUACCGGGGCCCCGUGCAGGAGCACAUUGAAGCCCGGGUUCGCGAGGCCCUGAAGCCGCUGCACCUCGAGGUGGCGAACGAGUCGCACGGCCGGGCCCAGGACGAGUCGCACUUCCACGUGCUGGUCGUCGCGGAGGCCUUCGAAGGCAUUCGCCCUCUGCAGCGACACCGCCUGGUAAACCAGCUCUUCACGGACGAGGCGGGCCAGCUGAAGUUCCACUCCCUCCGCAUCACCGCCAAGACGCCGGGCGCGUGGGCUGAGGACCAGACGGCGCCCGCCGCGCCCAAGUGCACCGGCAGGGGCGACGGCCGCGGGCCCACGGACGCCUCGGCGCUGUGACGGCGCCCGCGGGGCCCGGGUGGCCGCCUCGGCGAGCUCGAGAAAAGUCGGCUGGGGUCCUGCGGCGGAUGUCGGCGGCUGCGGCCACACCUCGAAGAAGCAAAAGCACU